AUGCAGGCUCGGAAUGUCCGAUUACCGACUUACCUCUCACCGAACGAGGUCGUUCUUCACAGAGGUCAGACUCAGCACAUCCGGUGCCCCAGCUACAUCAAGGGUGAACGAGUGAGCCUAGUGUUCUGGUUCAAAGGAGAACAACUCCUAGCCCACUAUACCCAUCCCAACGUUGGCAGUAGUUAUGCAUCAAGUGGUCGUUAUCGGAUGUCCCACUCGCAUGAUUUGAUCAUAAGUCACGUCGACAUGAGGGAUCAGGGGGAGUAUGUCUGCAGUGUUGUCCCCAUCGCUACCGACUUACAGAGGAGGCAGUCGAUUUCCGUCACUGUUCUAACUGAUGUCGCGAGCUUUAAAGAGGCCAUGUACAAUACAGCAAGCGAUGCCUACGUACAACGGAACCAAACUUAUCACAUUCAGUGUCCAAGUUACAGGGAAGGGGAGUCCGUGAGUUUAGUCUUCUGGUUCAAAGGAGGCCAACUCAUAGCCCGAUUCGACAACCCAGCAGUUGGCACUAACUUUAUUUCAAGUCGUCAUUACCGGAUGUCCAGUUCGCACGGGUUGGUCAUAAACCAAGUUCAAGCGGCUGAUGAAGGAGACUACGUGUGCGGUGUGGUGCCGACUGCAACAGGGUUGCAAAGGAAAGGAUCAGUGCGAGUUACCGUGUUAGGUCCCAAAUUUCCAAUCGUGGACGAUGCACAAGUUGUAAACAAAACUAGUCUCAAUCUGGAAGGAGAACAAGGACACAAGAUGACCUGUCCUGCAUUGAGCAUCCGCCGACAGGCUGCCACAGUCUACUGGUCCCUUGGCAACGGGGAGACCAUGGAUACCAGCAUCAUCGGUGUGAAGUUCGCCGACGGGGAAACCAUGGUAUCGGAUGCCUACCGCGACGAUUACAUCGUCACCGAUGGUGGCUCGUUGGUUUUGAACACAUUAGGCAUGUCAACCAGACGUGUCUGGUGUCAUGUUUUUAUGCAUCAGCCGGGUCUGUCUUCAGCAUAUUAUGACGUCAUUGAGACAGACUCUGUUUCACCAUUGCGAUUAACGUUUGUUGAUAAUUCUUGGCGCGACAUUGGAGAGUGCGAACAGCGGGAACGUUGA